CACAAAAAAAGUUACAUAAACAAAUUUUUAAUUAGGUGCAAAAAUUAUUAUUCUUGUUAAGAAAUGACGGCGUCACAAAUUGCUGUUAGGGCAUUGUUUAUCGCCUUCGUGGUGAUCGCCGCCUCCGCCGUAUCGGGGAUGGCAAAGGCGGCGAGUAGCGACGACAACGGCCUCUGCGGGAUGAGCCAAGAUGAGCUGUUCGAGUGCAAGCCGGCGGUUGCCGCCGGCUCCGCCAUCCCGCCGCCGCCAUCCGCCGCGUGCUGCACCGCCUUGACGCACGCGAACGCGACGUGCUUCUGCACGUUCAAGAACAACAAGUACUUGCCUCUUUUCGGGAUAAAUUCCACCCGGGCCAUGCAGCUUCCUUCGAAAUGUGACCCGACCCAAAUCGCCCACUGCUGAAAUUAAUAUUUCAAAACCAUAAUUAAUCGGUUAAUUAGUUAAUUUUGCUUUGAAUUUAUUUUGUUCGUGUGUGUGUGUUAGUUCUAGUGUUUGCUUGCGAUGUUUCGAUUGUACGUUUAAUGUUCAUUUCAUGUUAGUUUGUUUGUAAUCGACGUACUAGUUGUUAUGCGAUCGUUUUAUAUGAAUGUUUUGCACGUGGAGUUGCUAAAUAUUAAAUGAAUCGUUUCACGA